UUUUUUCAUUUCAAGUCUUAGAGUUUUCAUAAUUUAUUUCUCUAUUUCACAUUUAUAUUUUCAAAUACAUAGAAGCAGUAUUUUCUCAGUUGGUAACUUCAAUACUACUCAGAAAACGAGAAGAACCACUUUAACUGCUUACUCGUUCACCAGUUACAAUCUUCAAAUAGAUCCUCAAAUUGGCCUUUACAUAAAAUCAAUACAAUUCUAUAAUAACUUUAGGUAAGGUACUAUCAUUUUAAUAUAACUUAUCUCUAACAUUUCCCUAAUUCCACAAGUUCGUUAUUAUCUCCUGCAGAAUAGUGUAAGUUGAAUGUAGUAUGCUGGAGAAAAAGAUGAUCUUAUUUUGCAAUCAUUUUCCAUUUGUGUGAUCCCGCACACCCGCAAUCUUGAUGGACUUCGUGCGACCGCAUCUAAUAUCAAAAUUACACAUCUACAAUUCAUCACAACCCACUUGAUAUCGGGACUUAUUAUUGUCAUUUAAUAGUAUCAUGACUAUUAACGUUAGAGCUUGUGAUAAUUGCAAAAGAGGUAAAAGGAAGUGUGACAAACAAUCUCCAUGCAAUACGUGUAUGAGGUACAAAAGAAGAUGCUCGUACAGUGAAAAAUCUGCUGAAUAUCAAUCCUACCAUAAUAAUCACUCCAGUGUUGAAGUUUCACCAGAUACUUCUGAAAAUCAUAAUGAUCGAUCAAAAAGAACAAAAACUGAUAAUUUUAGGGAUGAGGGCGACCUGGACCUGGCCGUGCACCUUAUUAACAUAUAUAAAGAUUACUGUCAAGAGUAUGUCAAACCAAACACAGACAGAAAUUCAUUCGGACCAUUCAGUUAUGUGGCACUCCAGAGUGAUGCUUGUUUGAAGCAUGUUUGGCAUUAUAUUGACAAUGUAGGAAUGAAAUACGUAAUUAGACCCCAAAAAAUACCUUCUUACGAAAUGCUUGCGCCAACAUCUACCUCACCAAUUGCACAAACUAACACAAAUACAUCUGGCUUUGAUUCUACGAGUCAUCAGCGUUUAACAGGAAUAGUUUUGUUUAAUGAAACUCAAAUAGGAGGUGAGGAUGCUAUAAAUCUAAGUGAAACAGGGUUAUUAAAGCUAUUGCCUAGUAGAAAGACUCUCUGGCUAUUGGUAAGAAGGUUUUUUUCAAAGGUCUAUCCAUUUAUACCCAUAAUUGAUGAAAGAGAUUUCCGAACUCGAAUUUCAAAACUCCUAGACGAAGAAAGUUUUGAGCAUAUUCCCUUUUCAAGUAUAACUUUAGAUAAUAAAUAUGAUUUUACCUACAUCGGUAUUUUAUUGAUAAUAUUAAGACUCAGUUACUUAUCUUAUUUUUCAAACGACUUAAAUCUGAAUAAUCCAGUAUUCAUAAAUGAUCAAAGUCUGAAAUCUUUAGAGCUUAAAUUUGUCUUAGAGAAUCCUAUCACUUUACAGAAUAUAAUUAUUGCUCAAAAAUGUCUUGAUGAAUUUAACAUAUUUGAAAGGACCAAUGUAAAAGUUUUGCAGCUAGCCAUAUUGUUGAGAACAUAUAGGCAUUUAGCACCUGAAGAAGGUGAUGGUCCUGAUGGAGGAGAUUCACAGGUGUUAACUUCAACUUUAGUCAAUAUGGCUACAAACCUUGGUAUUAAUAGGGAACCAAAGUCACUUGAUAAACGAGAUAAAAAUUUAUUUAGAAAGUUGGCAAUCCAUUUAAGAAAUCUUGAUUCAAGUGAGUUUUUAUGUUAUGGAACUCCAAGAUCGAUUAAUAAUAGAUAUUUUGAUAUACAGUGUCCAUUUCACGAAUCCAACUCCUCAAAUCUAAUUGAUACAGAUUUAGAAUAUGAAGUGAUUGAAGCUUAUGAUGUCAUUGGCUUAAAGUUUAAACUAUUGAGUGAUUUAUACGAUUUGAUCAUUGACUUGAAUAAAUCAACUUCCAUAAAUUUAAUAACUGAGAAACUAAAUUUCUUAAACAAGAAUUUAUUGCCAGAUUUAAAACAUUCAAAUUCUUUAUCACAAGUUGCCAAUGUUUGCCAGACAAAACUGUCUUUAUUAGGAUUACAGUUCAUUAUGUCAGUUCAGUAUAUCAUUUUUAUGCAUUAUGAAUCAUAUGGACUCUUUUCAUUAAGUUUUACAUAUAUUUAUGAUAUAUUGAAAUUGAUUGUAUUACAUGUAUUGCCAUUCAUAAAGACAGUGAAUGCAAAGUUUGAAAAUUCAGAUUUAAUGAUUGUUAUUCCAAUUAUUCAGACUCUAUAUCUUAAAUCUAUGUUAAUGCUAUGUGCUGUGUUAAUCAGAACUAAUAUUUCAAUCCAAAAUGAGGAGAAAAGCUCAGAACGGAUAAAAUACUUAAUUCUCUUAUCCGUUUCUUUAAGAAAUUGUUGUAUUGAGUUAUUAAAAGCGUUUGCAAAUGUCAGUACUAGAUACUAUUAUUUUUGGAGAACGAACUGUGGGUCAAAUGGGGUAUUAAAAAUUUGCUUUACGAAGGAGUUUUAUGAACCGAUAAAGAAUGAUUCUCAUUGUCAAUUGAACUAUUCAACUGAUCAAGUCCAGAAGUUUUUGAAUGUUUUUUAUAGUAGUCAAAACAGCGAUGAAGCGGAUAUUGAUUCUCAGAAUGGCAGUAUUUCUGCUCUACAAAAUAUUGAUGUAAAUUCAGUGAUAGGUGCUGCAAUUCCCGAUAUUUCAAAUGAUUACAUCAGUGAUACAAAUCUCAAUCUGUUUUGGUUCUAUAUAAAGAAGAGUGCAAGAACUAAUGCUACCAUGAAGAAGUUUCCAAACUCAUCAAUCGAUUUAUCUCCAAUGAAUUUCUCGUUUGAAGAACCUUUUAAUCUUGAUCAAAUUAACCAAAUUUAUAAUGAAUUUUAUAGUGAAUUAUUCACUACUGAUGUUUAGUUUCAAGAUACUAUAGUUCAAAUGAAAUAUAUGUUACCAAUAGAAUAUCAUAUAUACAACAGGUGUGAUUGUCCGAUCCUUAUACGGACGUUGUUAUAAUCCGUAGCCAUGUUGCUUAGCAUCAGUCUGUGCGGGAACUGUUUGUAUUAAGGUUUUUUCAAUAUGCGGCCGCACAAAA